AUGGGGGUCCGCUCGGCCUUCACAGCAAGCAGCGCGACGGGCGGCGUUUGGGGGUACGCGUCGGAGGCGCCGUACCCCUCGCUCGCCGGGAGGAGGCGGGAGGGCGACUGUGGGCUCCACCUGUGUGCCUCCUAUGCCAAGCGCCCCCUCCGGAGUUCGCUCGAGCCCGGGGCAUCGUCCGCCAGCAGUGACGUCCCCUCUCUCUCCCCCCCCCUGCCUGUGUUACAGCCAGCCGUCACUGAAAGCAACGGAGUCAGCAGUGAACAAUCCGGUUUGGAACCAGAUACUUCGACGGAUAUCGAAGUGACUUACAAGACCGUAUCAACAGAAAAUGACCUGGUGGACUGGAGCAAGCCGUUGCUGUGGCAGGUGGGGCACCUCCGGGAGAAGUACGACGAGUGGGUGCACCAGCCGGUGGACCGGCACAUCCGCCUCUUCGGCUCUGACCUCGUCGAGUCUUGGACCAAGACCUCGUGGUACGUGGUGCCGAGCGUGUGGCUGCCGGUGGUGCUGCUGUGGAGCGUUUGGUGCAACCGCGAGUUGGCACGUGGCGACACGGCCCUGCACCCUCCGCUGCUGACCAGCGUGAGCGUGACCGUGGGGCAGGAGUGGUUCCCCUUCCUCUUCCUCCUGGGCAUGUUCAUCUGGUCCUUUGUGGAGUACAGCCUCCACCGCUUCCUCUUCCACAUGACGCCGCCCGCCAACAACUACUACCUCAUCACGCUGCACUUCCUGCUGCACGGGCAGCACCACAAGUCCCCGUUCGACGGCUCCCGCCUCGUCUUCCCCCCGCUGCCGGCGUCCCUCUUCGUGGCGCUCUUCUACAUCGGCUUCCGCCUGGCGCUGCCGAGCGCCGUCACGGGCUCGCUGAUGGUGGGCGGCCUGGCGGGCUACGUGAUCUACGACCUGACGCACUACUACCUGCACUACGGAGCGCCGCGCCGCGGCACCUACCUCUACCACCUCAAGGCCUACCACGUCAAGCACCACUUCGAGCACCAGAAGCUCGGCUUUGGCAUCACGAGCAAGCUGUGGGACUUCCCCUUCCAGACGCUCAUCCCCAAGGAGACGUUUGAGAAGUCUCACUGACGCCCGCGCGGCAAGCCGCUGCCACCGCUCCUCCUCCUCCUCUCCCUCCCCGGGGCAACGUCUCGAUUCUCAAGACUGGUCGUCUCACUCCGGCCCGCAGCGAUGGGGGGGGGGGGGAUACCGUGGGGGGGGGGGGGAUAUGGGGGGUGGGCGGCGGGUGUGUGUGAGUGGGGAGGGGGCGAACGCCACCACUUUGACCUCCGCAGCAUCGAGGGGAUCAUCUCCUCCCCCGCCCUGCCGCUCUUCUCUGUCUUACCGAGUCCGUGCCUUUGAUGAUGAUGAUGAUGAUUGUUGAUUUCACUAUUUACAUAUCUCCCAUUCCACUGCAAAGUCCUUCACACACGAGGAUCCCUUCCCUUUGUGCAUCCUCCCACCCUUGACCUCUCACCCUUGACCUCCCACCCUUGACCUCCCAGGCAUGCCCCCCACCAACCAAUAUACUACUCCGCCCCCCCCCAUGGUCACUUGCCAUCACUACUCCUGGCACGUCCGUCACCUGGCCCCUGUCCAUCUCCGCGAGCCCCCCCCCACCGCCACCCCUCCCACUACCCCUCCUCCCCACCCCCACUUCGUGUGUUUAUUGUAAAAAAAAUAAUUAAAAAGAUAAACGGGGGGGGGGGGGGUUGAUAUAGAAAAAAUGGUGAAGUGGCUAAUGAGAAUUAGCGGCGAUGUUGCUGCUCCCCCACGCUCUCCGGCACGGCGCACUGUGAUUGGCUUUUGCUCUGUGAUGCGACUGAUUGGCCCGUCUGCCCACCCGUGUAGAUAUAUAUAAUAUGUGUGUGUGCGCGUGCGUGUGUAAUAAUUGUUUAAUCGACGCAUCCCGUUUAUAUAUAAUCUGCAUAUACACCAUCGCCUCUACUUUCAUGUUGGUAUUUUUUUCUAAACUUUUUUUUAUUAACGCAACCAACCACCCCCCCUCCCCCCCGUCGAUAACCGACGGGUUACGGAACGGACGCAGUAACGUGGAACGGUGCACAAGCCCUCUCGCUCUGUGUUGUGCCUUGAAACAUCACGGCAACCCCGGGGGUCAUCCACCAGGGCCAGCCACGGUCUGACGAGCGACUGGGGAAGGGAGGGGUCAGGCAGGGGUCAGGCAGGGGUCAGGCAGGGGUCAGGCUGGGGUCAGGCUGGGGUCAGGCUGGGAUUAACCAGGGUAAGGUUGGGGUCAGGCUGGGGUUGGCCAGGUAAGGUCAGAUCAGGUUCAGGCUGGGUUAACCAGGGUCAAGCCGGGGUUAACCAGGCCGGGGUCAACCAGGGUCAAGCCGGGGUCAGGCCGGGGUCAACCAGGGUCAGGCCGGGGUCAACCAGGCCGGGGUCAACCAGUCAGGCCGUGGUCAACCAGGCCGGGGUCAACCAGGGUCAGGCCAUGGUCAACCAGGACCAGGCCAGGGUCAGGGUGAGAGUGUGCGAUGGUAGAAGCGGAGCCAUAAUAAUAAUGCCUGGGAAUGAACGCGCGGCACGAAGCUCGGUGUUUGUGCACUACAAUAAGCUGGUGUCGAGAUGGCCGUCGCCACUAUUUAUGACUCCAAAAGCAUCAUAACUUCUCUUUGCUCUUUUUUGCGUUAAAUUUAUUUUAAUUUAAUUUACACUUCGUACCUUCAGUUUUCUUCCCCCCUCCCUCCCCCACCACCACCUCUGCUGUUGUUGUAACAACGAAAUGGGAGCAAUGACGUCUACCGACUUUGAGUUCCUGUGUUCGACGCGCAGCGCGCGUGAGACCCGCCAAGAGGGUUCCAGACGGGGUGCCCGCAACGCCUCGCUCGUGCCAAUCGCUACGGGGGUAGACUCCUGCCCUCUUAGGGGACCACCACACCCCUCACCCCCCCCCCCCCGAUCCUCUGUAAGAAUGUGUGUUUGGCCUACUCUUUCAGAUGAUCUCGGGAGAGGUUGUGGCGGGGGAGGGGGGGAGAAGGGAGGGGGGGUACCCAUACUUUACUGCAGUGCAUGCAACCGCCGAUUGAUGAUCUUGUAAACCAAUUUACUGGCGAGAAAAAAAGAAAGGUCUUAAUCGCACCCACGGUGUCCUCUCACCCUGCCGUGCGCCCCCCCUCCCUGCCCCCCACUCCGGGGGUGGGGAGGCCGGGAAAUAAAAAAAUACUCGCUGAGUCGUUGCCUGAACGGAGUGAGCCCGGGGGGGGCUGAGCCGGGGGGGGGGGGGGGGCGGCGAGCGACAAAAUGCAAACAGAGCAACUUUUUUAAAAAAUGCCAUAGCCUAUUUUGUGAAUAAUAAACUUUAAAAGAAACUAUAUAUAUGUACGUUGGGGGUAACAACUUUGUAGGUUUUAAAGAAAAGGAACGUGAAUAAAUGUAAACUGUAUUAUC